AUGCCGGAGCUACCGGAGGUUGAGGCGGCACGGAGGGCGGUUGAAGAGCACUGCGUGGGGAAGAAGAUCCGGCGUGCGAUGGUGGCCGAUGACCCGAAGGUUGUGGACGGGGUGGCCCCCGGUGACUUCGAGGCUUCCCUCACCGGGAAGACCAUCCUCUUCGCUCUCCGCAAAGGGAAGAACCUCUGGUUCCGCCUCGAUUCCCCUCCCUUCCCUUCAUUCCAAUUCGGUCAGCGCUUCCUCUCUCUCUCUCUCUCUCUCUCUCUAUCUAUCUAUCUAUCUAUCUCUUUCUCUAUCUCUCUCUGAAGGAAUAUGAACUUCUCCAGGGAUGACGGGGGCUAUUCACAUCAAAGGCGUGCAGGUCACGAAAUACAAGAGGUUGUAUACGCUCGCUCUAUCUUGUUCUAGGCGUUCUACUGCUGCUGAUACUAGGGUUUUGCAGGUCCGUAGUAUCUGCUGAGGACGAGUGGCCCUCAAAGUACAGCAAAGUUUUCCUAGAAGUAAGGGUUCUUCUCUUCUGUUUCUCUAGUAUGUCUUCUCUCCGUUUUCUGUUCUCGGUUUCUGCAACACUACUUGUUUUUUUUCUCUUUCUGUCGUCUUGAAAUAUCAUGAAAUCCUCUACUGCAUCUGCAGCAUCUCCUCUCAUUGUUUUCUGUUCUCCCUGGUUUCUGUAACCCUAGUUCUUUUUCUCGUUUUGUCGUCUUGAAUACCAUGAAAUUUCUCUACUCCUUCCUGCAGCAUCUCUCCUCUGUUCAUUUUCUCUUCUUCCUGGUUUCUGCAACCCUAGUUUUUUUUUCCUAUUUCUGUCAUCUUGGAUACCAUGAAAUGCGAAGGAUUGGGGAUGAUGAUCGGCGUGCUUUGGUGAACUUGCAAUGUACCUCUGACCAUGGUGACUGCCAUGGCUCUUGAUAGUCUUCAAGAAUUAAUCCCUUCAAGUGGAAUACAAUGCUGAUUUAAUCUUUAUUUAGAAUACAUACCCUCCGAAACUUAAUGGAAAACUAUCAAGUGUUUGAUUUCUAAGUGAAGAGUUACUUCAAGUGCAGCUUGAUGACGGACUGGAGCUAUCCUUCACUGACAAGAGGCGUUUUGCCAGAGUUCGCCUGCUUCAAAAUGUUGCUCUCUCUCUCUCUCUCUCUCUCUCUUUCUCUCUCUAAUCUUGCUUCUCAUUGCUUUCAUUUUGUCUGUUCUUUUGUCUUUCGAGAGUAUUGAGUGUUAAUGGUUUUUUUUUUUUGUUUUUAAUCUCAUAGCCUGAAUCUUCGCCUCCAAUUUCUGAGCUUGGUCCAGAUGCUUUUCUGGAGCCCAUGAAGUUGAAUGAAUUUAUAGAGUCCUUGAGCAGUAAGAAGGUUUCAAUUAAGGCUCUAUUGCUUGACCAGGUCAGAAGUGUUCAUUUAUUUGACAAAUUUCAUCUUAAAGAAAUAUUGUUUCAUACUCGUGAAAUUCCAUUUUUCUUUAUCUUAAUUUCCCCCCAGAAGGUUGGAUCCAUGAAAAUUCAAUUAUUUCUUUUCUACCCAAAAAAGGGUGCAAAUUAACUUUCCUCCUUGUAACGCCUACAGAUGGGAAAUUCGGAUCAUAUCGAAGUACGUACAUUUUUUUAUUUUUUCCGGAAUAAUUUCCAUGAACUUUAGGCACAAGGGUUCAUAAUUUAGGGUUUGGAGGACAUACACCUGAGACGAGAAUGCUCCAUCAUCAUCAUUAUCAUCACCAUAUGAUGCACUGCUCUUGAGAAGGGAUCUCCUUUUACAGAUUAUCUUGACUAAUUCGAUUUUGAUGGUGCCAAUUGGAUAUAUGGUGAAUAUAGUGUGUUAUUUAUUCGAGGGCUCUGGAUUUUAGGAAUAAGGGUUUUCAAAACGUCUACCAGCUUAUCAAGUCAGUGUCAUUACCUUUGCCUACUGUGUAUGUGUGCCAGCUUCCAGUUCCUACCCAAUAUGGAGAUACCCCCGGACCUACCUAAUAUGUCUCUUAUGUCUGUGAAUCAUGGUGCUGCAAGUUUAUUUAACCCUCCUCCAUGAUGCUCCGUUGACUUUCAUGGUUUCUUAUCUGCACCAAUCACAGCUUGGAUGUGAUCAUUUGAUCGUAAUUUCUGCUUUUCAAGAGAAGAAAAUGUGGUGAGCUUUUGACAAUGUUGUAAAGAAGCGCCAUUGAUUUAGCCUAGCAUUUGAAAAAAAUAUAUGGUACCUUCACUGAACUUUCUUAUUUGGGUUAUCUUUAUCUGGGAGUUCAUUACCUCACUUUUCUGCUAUUAUCUGGGUAAUCCUGUGUCUGGAGUUCACUUUCUGAAAAAAGAAAAAAGAAAAAAAAGUAAUGCAACUUCGUGGACUAUGUUAAUUAUGAUCAGAUGAGGAAAGUGAUUGGAACAGUAUAAUAAAUCUUUAAGCAAUAUUCGACAUCAAAGAAUUGGCUGGCAUUUGGAGCUGUUCAUUUCCUUGGUGGAUUUCUUCUUCUCCUGUCAUUUUCAAACUCAUCAAUUGAUCAUUUUUGAGUUCAUUCUCUCUCCCAAUGGUUUCUUUCCCCUAAACAUACGGCAUAGCCGUGGGCACUUCUCCAUUCAUCUGCUGGUAAGAGGAGGGAGAGUCCUUCACAGUUAUAGUGAUCCAACCUCUUUGACCUUACAAUCUGGGUUUGCUGGAUUUCAAAAUUUCUUUAUUUGCCGGCCUGCUGUAAUUUUCCAUCAAAUGGUUCUUUCCUAAAAUAAUAUGGGAAAAAAUAUUCUAGCCUCUCACAGCAUAAGCCGUUGGAACUGAUUUAAUAAGAUGGCUCACUAUGAAGGUUCCUCAUUCUUAUCACCAAGCCAUUUGAUUAUAACUGGCAAGCACACAUGGUUUGCCGAGAAACAUGGUCACUGUCGCAUUGUACUGAUAAUUGCCUUAUUAGAGAGCUAUGAAUUGCCUCCUCCACUUUUCAAACUAUUGACAGACACCUUGACACUGAGUUCUCUGGGGAAUCUUCUAGCCUAUUUAAUGUCUGAUUUUACUGCAUAAUGUAGAUAAUUUUUUGUCGACUUUCCUGAUGAAGGCUUCUUUCUGCAGAGUUACAUCGCAGGCAUUGGGAAUUGGAUCGCAGAUGAAGUGCUUUAUCAAGUUAGUCUGCAAUUCCCUUUUUGUUGAAACUUAGCCUCCCUCAUUUGCUUGGGUUUCACAACACUAGCUAUUUAUAUUUUUGUUGUGUGGAAUCGGUCAUCUCCUAAGUUUAGAAUCGUAUGGCUCAUCUCAUGUCUAUUAUCAAACCACGAGAAAAAAAAAGGACCUCCUUUAGCACCCGGUGAUCACUGUGGGCAAUUUGCCACCUUUAUUUUUCUCAUGACUCCUUUUCGAACAUGGAGUAUGUUGAAUUGAUGUGUCAUGGAACAAUGCAUGCAGUUUACCUCAUGAUUCAAUAUUCAGUGCGACCUACCAUCAAACCAUGAAAAAAAAAAACCUCCUUUAGUGCCCAGUGAUCGCUGUGGUCAAUUUGCCUCUAGUUUUCUCAUGACUCCUUUUCAAACAUGGUUUCUUUUAUUUUCAGCAAUCAGAAUGAUUAGAUAACCUGCGAUGAAUGACACUAGUAUGUUGAACUGAUGUGACAUGGAUCAAUGCAUGCAGCUUACCUCAUGAUUCAGUAUUUCAUGCGACCUACUUGUACUUGCUGACAGGCGAGAAUUCAUCCUCUCCAAAUGGCCGCAAGCCUGACGCGGGACAAAUGUGAGGAGUUGCUCAAAUGCAUCAAAGAGGUCAGUCAUGCAUUCUGACGAAGAUGUUCUUGCGGUGUGGCCGUCCUAGUUCUCUGAAAGAUGGGAUAUUUGUCAUGAUUAUUGAAGCAAUUGGAGAGAUAUUACCACAUGUAGGUUGUUCAUUAUGCGGUUGGAGUUGAUGCCGACUGUGGCCGUUUUCCAGUUGAAUGGCUGUUUCAUUUUCGAUGGGGGAAGAAGCCUGGGAAAGUCAACGGUAAGGGGCAAUGUAAAGAUCGUAGCAGUAUCGACUGACAUAUAUUGCCUGCCUCUACAGGUUCUUGAGAAGGCAGUGGAAGUUGGAGCAGAUAGUAGUCGAUUUCCUAGUGAUUGGGUUUUCCAUUCCCGCGACAAGAAGCCCGGGGAGGCAUUCGUCGACGGUCUGGUUUCUCAACCCAGAGAGGGUUCUUGAUAUGAUUCUGCCGAGUGGUCUGCUUUCCUAAUGCGGCAAAAUCUAGUGUAAUGUUUGCAUCGGUAGUCUGAAAGGGGUUGACAUGAAACGUAGUAACUUUGUUUAUAUCUUCUCUCUCUCUCUCUCUCUCUCUCUCUCUCUCUAGAAUAUUUUUUUUCUCAAUCUCGGCAUUGAACUCCUAUGAAGGGUGAUGUUGUGGGCAAGCUGGGUAAAGGAGAUGGAGGAGGAUCUUCUUUCUUGAAUGAUUUCCUCCAACCAGAUAGUAGUAGUAUUCCUGAGGUUUUGGGUGUCUUUUUCAGGUAAGAAGAUCGAGUUCAUCUCGGCAGCUGGAAGGGUAAGUGUUCCAUGCUAAAAGAAACCCUUUUCUGGUAGGGUGGAUAAAAGAUUCCCUGAUCUGACACUUUUCGCCUUCUGUUUUGGCUCAGACUACUGCUUAUGUGCCGGAGCUGCAGAAGCUGGAUCAUGCCAAAUCUGGAGAUGCUUCCUCCACUGUGUCCAGGAAGUCAAGGUCAACGACCAGAGCAGCUAGAAAGAGUGUGAGAGUGGACCCGGAUGAGGGGGAAGAGCUGGUCAGUGAGGGAGAAGAAGGCGGAGAGUUGGACAGCGGGGAAAGGGGCCCCACCAGGAAGAAGGCUCAGAGGGCAAUCAAGGCUUCCAAAAAGGCUCCCACAGAGAAGAGAACCAAGUCUGUGGGAACCACGGACGAUGUGGGAGACCAGGAGAGGAAAGAAGUUGAGAAGGGAGCAGCGAAAGAGGAAACGGUGGUGAUAGUCAAAGGGAGAAGAAGUAGAAGAAAGGUGCAGUAG